AUGACUGCUUCAGAAGAAUACUUGGAGAAUUUGAAGCCCUUCCAAGUUGGUCUACCUCCACAUGAUCCUGAGACGAAUAAAAAACGUUACUUACUGAAAGAUGCUAACGGUAAAAAAUUUGAUCUUGAAGGCACAACAAAAAGAUUUGAACACCUGCUAUCUUUAAGUGGUUUAUUCAAACAUUUUAUUGAAAGUAAGGCUGCUAAAGAUCCUAAAUUCAGACAAGUUUUGGAUGUACUGGAAGAAAAUAAAGCGAAUGGUAAAGGCAAAGUUAAACACCAAGAUAUCCGGAGAAGAAAAACUGAGCAUGAAGAAGAUGCUGAAUUACUGAAAGAAGAGGACUCAGAUGAUGAUAAAAAUAUUGAAUUCCAAUUCAGAGAUUCUCCUGGUUUUGUGGACGGGCGAUUGAGACCCUAUCAAGUCCAAGGUGUCAACUGGUUGGUAUCUUUGCAUAAGAACAAAAUAGCGGGUAUCCUUGCCGACGAAAUGGGUCUAGGUAAGACCUUGCAAACUAUUUCAUUUUUGGGGUAUCUAAGAUACAUCGAGAAAAUUCCAGGUCCAUUCUUGGUUAUUGCGCCUAAAUCUACUUUGAAUAAUUGGCUGAGAGAGAUCAAUAGAUGGACCCCGGAUGUUAACGCUUUUAUUUUGCAGGGUGACAAAGAAGGAAGGGCGGAACUGAUCCAGAAAAAACUUUUAGGUUGUGACUUUGAUGUUGUGGUUGCUUCCUAUGAAAUUAUCAUAAGAGAAAAGUCGCCCCUUAAGAAGAUUGACUGGGAAUAUAUCAUUAUUGAUGAGGCUCACAGAAUCAAGAAUGAAGAGUCAAUGCUUUCCCAAGUCUUGAGGGAGUUUACUUCUCGUAACCGGUUGCUGAUUACUGGUACUCCUUUGCAAAACAACUUACAUGAACUGUGGGCCCUACUAAACUUUCUGCUGCCAGAUAUUUUCUCAGAUGCGCAAGAUUUUGACGAUUGGUUCUCCUCCGAGAGCACAGAGGAAGAUCAGGAUAAUAUUGUCAGGCAAUUACACACUGUUUUGCAGCCGUUUCUACUUCGUCGUAUCAAAAGUGAUGUGGAAACAUCCUUACUACCUAAGAAAGAACUAAAUUUAUAUGUGGGUAUGUCGAAUAUGCAAAAGAGGUGGUAUAAGAAGAUUCUGGAAAAGGACUUAGAUGCCGUUAAUGGAUCCAACGGUGGUAAAGAAUCCAAAACAAGACUUUUGAACAUUAUGAUGCAAUUGAGAAAAUGCUGCAACCAUCCAUAUCUAUUUGACGGUGCUGAACCAGGUCCGCCAUAUACUACAGAUGAACACUUAAUAUAUAAUGCUGCUAAGCUUCUGGUUUUAGAUAAGUUAUUGAAAAAGUUGAAGGAGGAAGGUUCUAGAGUUUUAAUUUUCAGUCAAAUGUCAAGAGUGUUGGAUAUCCUCGAAGAUUACUGUUUCUUUAGAAAAUACGAUUACUGUAGGAUCGAUGGGUCUACCGCUCAUGAAGAUAGAAUCCAAGCCAUUGAUGAUUAUAAUGAGCCAGAUUCCGAGAAAUUUGUCUUCUUGUUAACAACACGAGCAGGGGGGUUGGGUAUUAAUUUGACAUCAGCUGAUGUUGUUGUCCUGUAUGAUUCGGAUUGGAACCCCCAGGCAGAUUUACAAGCAAUGGAUAGAGCACAUCGUAUUGGCCAAAAGAAGCAGGUCAAGGUUUUCCGUUUGGUGACAGAUAACUCCGUGGAAGAGAAAAUUUUAGAGAGAGCUACUCAAAAGCUAAGAUUAGAUCAAUUGGUUAUUCAACAAAACAGAACUUCUUCAAAAAAGAAGGAAAAUAAGGCAGACUCCAAGGAUGCUUUAUUGUCAAUGAUUCAACACGGUGCUGCCGAUGUAUUCAAGAGCGGUACCUCUACUGGUUCAGCUGGUACACCGGAACCAGGAUCCGAAGGAAAAGGAGAUGAAAUUGAUCUGGAUGAACUCUUAACGAAAUCCGAAAACAAGACAAAGUCAUUGAAUGCCAAAUAUGAAACUUUAGGUCUUGAUGACUUGCAAAAGUUCAACCAAGAUUCAGCUUAUGAAUGGAAUGGCCAAGAUUUCAAGAAGAAGACGCAAAAGGAUAUUAUUAGUCCCUUGUUACUCAACCCCACUAAGCGUGAACGUAAGGAAAACUAUUCCAUUGAUAAUUACUACAAAGAUGUUUUAAACACUGGAAGGUCCUCUACACCAUCGCAUCCGAGAAUGCCGAAGCCACAUGUCUUCCAUUCUCACCAGUUACAGCCUCCACAAUUAAAGGUCCUAUACGAAAAAGAAAGAAUGUGGACAGCGAAGAAGACUAGUUAUAUACCGACCAUGGAUGACGUGAAGGCAGCAUAUGGUGAUAUCUCCGAUGAAGAUGAAAAGAAACAGAAACUGGAAUUGCUGAAAUUGUCCGUUAAUAAUGCUCAGCCACUAACCGACGAAGAAGAAAAGAUGAAAGCUGAUUGGGAAGCUGAGGGGUUUACAAAUUGGAAUAAACUAGAGUUCAGAAAAUUUAUCACAGUAUCUGGUAAAUAUGGUAGAAAUUCUAUUCAAGCCAUGGCAAGAGAACUGGCCCCGGGAAAAACAUUAGAGGAAGUUCGUGCUUAUGCUAAGGCCUUCUGGUCUAAUAUCGAGAGAAUUGAAGAUUAUGAGAAGUAUCUAAAAAUCAUUGAGAAUGAAGAAGAAAAGAUCAAGCGUGUCAAAAUGCAACAGGAGGCUUUGCGCCGAAAGCUGUCUGAAUAUAAAAACCCAUUCUUUGAUCUAAAAUUAAAACACCCUCCUUCCUCUAAUAAUAAAAGGACAUAUUCAGAAGAAGAAGAUCGUUUCAUUCUUCUAAUGUUAUUCAAAUAUGGUUUAGAUAGAGACGAUAUCUAUGAGCUAGUGCGUGACGAAAUCAGAGAUUGUCCUCUGUUUGAAUUAGAUUUUUACUUCAGAAGUAGGACGCCUGUGGAGUUAGCCAGAAGAGGAAAUACAUUGUUGCAAUGUUUGGAAAAGGAAUUCAAUGCAGGAGUUGUACUCGAUGAUGCCAUGAAGGAUAGAAUGAAGAAAGAAGAUGAAAAUGGCAAGAGAAUAAGGGACGAAUUUGCGGAUGAGGCGGUCAAUGAAAAGGAAAACGUUGAUGAGGUGGAAAGCAAAAAGGCUAAGAUUGAAGAAACAUCAGUUCCUGAGACUGAGAAAAUAGCGGUAAAGGAGAUUUCAGAAAGUGAAAAUACCAAUUAA